AUGGCCAAGCAGUGGGUAGUCUCUUUUGCAUUUACACACAUUCGAAUCAAAGGUCAAAACAUGUUUCAACAGGAACAGCCUUGUAUUUCACCAAGACAUUUGGUAACUGCCCAACAUGUUGUGAAACCAACAAGGAAUUUAGAUGGAAAUGCAUUUAAUUUAACAUCCAUUCUAAUUGAUUUCUCUCCCGAAGCAAGUACUAAUCACUUCUCUCCAAACAACCCGUGGUUGAAACUCUUACGGCCUGUAGUAAAAGAAAGUGUUGGAAUGGAUGAGUGUGCACAGAUGGGGGGAGCCGAAUGUUGGAAGUCAGUUAAUGAUUUUGCAUUCCUUUCAUUUGAAGAUUGCAACUACAAACAUGAUUACUUUUUAUUGCCCACAUCUAUUAAGGUUAUACAACAGUUGAGUUCAAUGCUAGUUGUUGGAUUCCCGAAUAAAAUUGAAAAGAAAGCAUUCCAAGAAGAGUACACCAGAGACAAACAAGAACAAAACAAGAAGGAUGAGUUUUACGAGAGAAUGAGAGAAUUAAUGUCAGGUUUUGAACGAAAAACAUUAAGUUUUGGAUCUGGUAUGGUGAAAGAUAUGGUGAAGAACAAACUAAAAUCUUGA